AAGGCCCCGCAUGGUGUGAUGGUGAACGCAUUAGCUCCCGGAAAGGGUAGUAGCACGUUCAUUCCUCAUCGCAGACACCUGCGGUCCGGAGUUUUGCAAAUAUCUCAAAACCAUAGAAAUUAUAUUUCGCAACACACCCUGCAAUUUAAAAAAAUAGGCAGUAAACAAAAAUACUGGCUUUUCUUGGCAGAUCAGAUAGCGUUUGCAUGGAAAUAUCGAAAAUCACUGUUUCAGGUCCUACGAAGACGAACACCUCACGAGACAUACAAUAGUCACGAACGGGUUCUGUAUGAAAAUCAACUCCGAUCCUCACCAUAUCUUAUGGAGCUACUGGUGAAAAUGUUCUACUAUGACUAUGUGACGUUUGGUUAUCCACUUCCAAGCAUUUAUUAG